AUAGAUAAAGUCAUCUGAAGAAUCGAUAGGAAUUCAUCACCAAUCAUCGACAAAACAAUCUAUUUUACUCAAAAAUAUUUUACUGCUAAAACAAUCUAUUUUACUCAAAUGUUUUCAAGACACACUUUUUCAACUUGUGUUCCAAGAUUCCUAGAGUGUGAAUAGCUUGAGAAACAUCGUUGUGUGUGCCUUUUCGGACACUCUUUUUAAACUCUGGAUGUUUUGGACACCCUGAAAGCUUGUCAGAACUGUACUAGUCAACGAAGUUUUGUGAUUUUCUUAGGAGAGAUUUUCUCAAAACAUAAAUCGAGUUAAUUGAAACGCAAAGUUUCCUGUCGCGAGUGCAAAUUAAUUAUUUGAACAAAGCUAAUGUAUGGUUUACGUUUUUGAUGGCUGUAAUUGACUUUAUGAACUUUAUACACUUCUCUUUGCAGACUCUCAUGUAAUUAUCAAUUUUUGGGUGUAUAUACAAGAAAGGAAACCCAAAAAUCUCAAAAGAAACUUUUUUUUGUAUGUUUUUGGACAAAUAGGGCAUCUUCGGCCUCCUAUUUCUUCCCAAAAUGAAAAGAUGGCACCGUUUUGUGGGCUUCCCGCAGCUUUGUGUCAGUCGUCGUGGGUUCGGAAUAUUUUGUCCGGGAGUUUCUGGUUAUAGCUGAGGCCUGGAACAAUUUAAAAAUAGAAAUUGCCAUUUAUAGCACACAUCUUAGAAUAAUAGUGACUUGAUGAUGUUAUUUUUAAACCAUGCAUUGUGAAUGGUACAAAAAGGCUUCAAAAUACAUAUAGAUGGUUGAAAUGUGUGUAUUUGCGUACACAAAAAUAUACUUGCUACAUUGCAAAUGCUUGUCAAGUCAUACGAACCGGUCACUACUAAGAUAUUGCUUACACGAACGUUCCAUAAGAGAUACUGGCUGGAUAUCGGCGACUUUAAAUUCUUAUCACUGUGCUGCAAAAACAGGGAGAGAAAGAAUGAGAAGAAAAAAACACACCCACAGUCACGUUGCUCUAUGUUCGGUUUAUUUUGGUUCGAAAAACAGUUGCGCGAUCCACCCGUCCGCCCUCGGUCGUGACUGAUUAAUUCCAGCCUAUCGAGAACCCGUGGUCGACUCUGAUGUCACCAGUCGAAGUUGGUUCUCGCGCUCAACCGUACUUUGCCGUAGUGUGUCCCCAGCCUCAGUGCGUUGCCUACGCAGACGACGACAAGAAGAUAUCCCCCCAAACGUUGUGUCUUGUGACCUACCACAAAAAAAAACCCGUUUCUAAGUGUUUCGUGUCCAAGCGACUACACGGCCGGGAUUCGAACCGAUUUCGAGCGCGUACCUAUUGCAGACAUCGAACGGGCAGACAGGAUGGAGCAAUAUGCGUCGAAAAAGUAUCCGAUAGCAGCGAAAAGCCGCAAAUCAAAGCUAAAUUUCCUUGCCGGAGUUCAAAGUCACUACGAGAAGAAGCAAAAAGAUUCGUCCGGAAGCAAGGAACCGAAACUGAACCUGUCCGUACCGGGCACUCCCGUUUGUUCGCGCUACUUGCGCCGACUUUCGCAAGGGUUGGCGAGUGAUCACGACGACCAGAAACCGUCCAGCAAUGGUCCCGUGGAAAAUGAGCUCAUCAUCAGCAGCCUUGUGCUGGAUAAAUUCCUCAAGGAUAUGCAAACACUGUCGGUAGACAGCGUGGACAGCGCACCGUCCCAGGAGGGGCAAAGCAAGAGGCGCUCCGACACGACCGAAGAGUUCUUUAGCAAGUCCGAAGAGCGGAAAGCCUAUCAUCGGACGUUCUCGGAGGCUGUCGGGGUCGUCGGUGCGUCUCCAGUGAUUGAGAAGAAUCCGGUGGUGAAGAAAUACUUCGAAGAGUCCGCUAGCCAACGGACCUUUCGGAGGGACUUUUCCGAAGCGUACGGUGAGCUGAUCGAACCGGAAUCUAUUGUUGCCUUGGAAAAGAGCUCAAAAAAGAAGAAGACCAAGAAAGCCAGCUCCAAGUCAGCCAAGUCCGGUGAAAAUCGUCCACCGAAGCUGAUCAGCGAUUCUUCGGACGAUGAGCGAUCGGAAGAGGAUAGAAGCGAGUUCCUGCAGGAGCUGGAGCAGCUGAAGCAGUCCAAGCAACGGCUGGAGGAAAAGCUACACGCCUACCAGGCCAAGACGGUCCCGGUCGCCCCGGUUGCAGCGGAGGCGAAAAGCCCCCAACAGUUCUUCGAAGAGUCGGAACAGGCACGAACCUAUCAGCGAACGUUUUCGCAAGCCGUACAAACGUUCCCCGGCGGACCGCGAGAGCCACGUGAUCCGGCAGUGGUGCAGUACUUCAACGAGUCCGCCUCGCGUCAAACCUUCCGGCGCGAAUUUUCCGAGGUGUACAACGAGUACGAACCGCCGGCACCAGUGGAGCAUCCCAACUUUAAGCCGACCGUACCGGGAACACCCAUUAGCUCCCGGCAUUUGCACAAAUUAAAAAAGGGUGCAGAGCCAGCCACGGGUAGUGCGGAACAGCAGCCAUCACCGCCCCCGGCCAGUGGCCAAUCGGCGUCCCUGGCGGAGCAGCUGGAAGCGUUCAACAAAGAGCUCGAUAACCUGCGGCAGAACAAAACGUCCGUUACGGCGACGACGACCACGACGACAGCCUCCUCCACCGUGGACAGCUUCUGCGUGGACAGCUAUCUGGACAGCUCGAGCGAGAAGAAAACGUACGCCCGUUCGUUCUCCGAGGCUGCCCGGCCGUUCGUCCAAUCGGACGUGAAAAGCCCCACGGUACGGACGUUUUUUGAAGACUCUUCGCGCAAGGGCACACUGCGGCGAGAUUUUUCCGAGGCGUACCAGGAAGUCGAGGUGGUGGCACCAGCCUCACCACCGCCCAAGGCGAGGACAGCACCACCGGCAGCUGAUGUAACGGCUGCAACAAAGCCAACCGAUGCAUCAUAUGACCUGGAUCAAGAUAACAGACCCAUUUCAUGCCCCGCCGGCGAUGAUAACCCAUCCAACGAACGGCACCCGCCCGUAGGCGCCAAGGGCGGACCCAUUUCCAUCCCCGGCACACCGAUCAGCUCGCGCAAGCUGGCAGCCUUCCGGCGCAGCACCAGCGUGGAACCUGCCGGUAGCCAGACGGCCGAAGCAGCAGCAGCAAAGACACCCGAGGCAACCCUGGGAGGAGGAGGCGGCAUGCCGGCAUUGGCUCGUGUGCCGCUGACGCCGCAGCUUGAUGUUUCAGUGGCACCCAGCCCGGCGGCCACCGGGAUGACAACGAGCCGACGGGACGACGGGCCAACCGACACGCUGCCGUAGGGGAUGCGGGUGAGGAGGAGCAGGAGCACGGGCGACGUCGCAUCGAACCGGAAGGCGGAAGGGAAGCGGGUGUAGCUGCGUCGCCGGUUGUCGAGCUUGACCGAGAGUUCU